UACUUUUUUAGACACAAUGAGCUGAUUACCUCAGAUGUUUUUUUUACUUCAACCACAAAAACAUAGACGGUACUCUCCCUCAGAUACACAUUUGAUUUCGUAUCAAACCCAUUUGAGCUGUUUGCUGAGGUCGCCAUGGCGCCAACUGAGUAUGAUGUGAAGCCGGAGCCUGGAGACCUCAUUGAAAUCUUCAGAGUGGGUUAUCAGCACUGGGCUAUUUAUGUGGGUGAUGGUUAUGUCAUUCACCUGGCUCCACCCUCUGAGCAUGCUCAAGCUGGGGCCUCCAGUAUGAUGUCUGUACUGUGUGACAUAGCCAUAGUGAAGAAAGAGGAAAUUUGGAGUGUAGUUGGUAAUGAUAAGUACAGUAUCAACAACCUUCUGGAUAACAAAUAUGAGCCUCGGCAAGUCAGAGAUAUCAUACGAGAGGCCCAGAGUCUUUUGGGAAAGGAACUUCCGUAUUGUGUGUUCAGAGGGAACUGUGAGCACUUCGUUACAGAGCUGAGAUACGGGAAGCCACAGUCUCGCCAGGUGCGAAAAGUGUUGGAGAUUGGUGUUGUAUUUGGCCUUGCAGUGGCUGGCAUCGGACUUCUCGCAGCCAUAUUUGGUCCAAAAGACAAAGAGAAGACGCAGGAGCAAGCAAUGAGAAAUUUAUAACUGCACGCACGAUUGUGGAGACCUUUUAAAAUUGUAAAAAUAAUCAUAAAAACUUCAAUCUAGUAAUUUUUCUGAACCCAUUGGCCAAAAAAAGUCAGUGCAGGCUUAGUUUUAUGAACACAAAUGACAUCUUCAUAUACAGAACGUUACAAUAACAAAAAAAAAAACAUCCCAUCUGCUGUUUGGUAAAAAGCAAUAUUGCAUUUAAAAACUGUUAAAUAUUUUUACAAAUUCUUCAAGGAAACUUUGAUGUCAUACUUUAUAUUUUGAAACCUGUACUAAUUUUUGGAUGACUAUAUAACCGAGAAUAAAAUAUCU